GCGAGCGUGUUGUAACAGUAUUUCGGGUGUGUGUUGUUAUUUAAGAAUGGGGAAAUGGAGCAAGAAAGCCCCUUCCGGGUUGCCGUCUUUCCCACUCAGUUUUCCGCCAUUUGAAGGACUGUCAACUCGUCUUUGAAAGCCGGAGUCCCUUUUUUCAAUCGCGUGGGUGAGCCAUGACGUCGGAGGAGGCCAAAUGCGCUGGCGCAUCGGUGGAGAUUGGCGAGGGCUACAGGAACCCCACCGAAGUCACCAUGAGUCAGAUUGUGCUGCCCUGUCACUCCAAUCACCGCAGCGAGUUGAGCGCCGGACAGCUGCUCAAGUGGAUGGACUCCACAGCCUGCUUGUCAGCCGAGAGACACGCAGGCUGCUCCUGUGUCACGGCGUCUGUCGAUGACAUCCACUUUGAACACACCAUAGGUGUGGGAAAUGUAGUCACCAUCGUAGCCAAGGUCAACAGAGCCUUCACAUCCAGUAUGGAGGUUGGCAUCAUGGUGACAUGCGAGGAUCUCUACACUGACACUCACUGGAGGGUUUGUCAAGCCUGUGCCACCUUUGUGGCCAGGAGAAGGGAAACUGGAAAGGUGCAACUGAAGCAGCUGACCCCUCAAACACAAAUGGAGCAGAUGGAGUACAGCCUGGCAGCAGAGAGAAGGAGGAUGAGGCUCAUCCAUGCCGAGAUCAUCACAGACCUGCUGAGCAGCAGCACGGCACAACUCGGCGAAUGCCAAGAGUACCAAGACGCCGUGCCGGCCGAGCGCACCCGAGUGGAGAGCGUGGAGCUGGUGCUGCCGCCCCACGCCAACCACCAAGUCAGCACCUUCGGGGGCCAGAUCAUGGCUUGGAUGGAGAAUGUAGCCACCAUUUCGGCAAGUCGCUUGUGUAAUGCCCAUCCCACCUUGAGGAGCAUUGACAUGUUCCAUUUCCGUGGCCCGUCCCACAUCGGCGACCGACUGGUACUGAAGUCAAUUGUGAACAACGCAUUCAAGCACAGCAUGGAAGUGGGAGUGUGCGCUGAGGCCUACCAGGGUGGAGAACCUCAGCGUCAUAUCAAUAGUGCCUUUAUGAUCUUCGAAGUCCUGGAUGCUAAUCGGAAAGCGCGCACGCUACCUCGGAUAAGACCCGAGCCUGUGGACGGUAAACGACGUUAUCAAGAAGCUGUUGCCAGAAAGAAGAUCCGUCUCGAUAGGAAAUACAUCAUCUCCUGCAAGCAAAAUGAAGUGCCUCUGUCCGUACCCUGGGAUCCAAGCAACCAGAUGUACUUGAGCUACAAUAAUGUCUCCGCUCUGAAACUGAUGGACACCGUAAACAACUGGGUGUUGACCUCGGAAAAAAACAAAGUCAGACUGUACACGUUGGAGGAGAACCAGACGCUGUGCUUCAAAGUGGAAAUGAACGUGAGCGUGUCGGCCGAGCAGACCUUCCACCUUCUCUCGGACCUCGGGAGGAGAAAAGAAUGGGACCGCCAUUAUCAGGCGUGCGAGGUGAUCACGCAGGCGGACGAGGACGACACCAUAUAUCGCGUCAGGACGCCCUCCACCCGAAAAGGGGGCAAAGGUCAGGAUUUUAUCUUGCUGGCAUCUUGUCGGAAACCAUGUGAUGUCAGGGAUCCGUAUCUGAUCGCGUUGCGAUCUGUCACGCUGCCCACUCACCCGCCAACUGCGGACUACGACAGAGGAGAGGUUCUCUGCGCCGGAUUUACAAUCUUGGAGGAGUCCAGCGCGGUCACUAAGGUCACCUAUUACAAUCAGGCCACACCAGGAGUUCUUCCCUACAUCUCAACAGACAUUGCCGGACUGUCCUCGUCUUUUUACAGCGCUUUUUCCGCCUGUAGUAACUUCCUUGAGGCCAACAAGGACCGCUUGGCCACAUCAACUCCGCAGGUCACAUAUGCAGCAGAUACUCUGCGAAAGGAGCCGUAGUACUGUAUUCUCUCUUGCAUUCAUAUUAUGGGCAUUUGUCAAAGUGCCAAGGAAAUACCGCGUGUCGUCAAACCUCGUUUCAAGGGCAUAGGAUAAACAGUUAUUGCGCAAGAUUGCACAAGGAUGCCUUUUAUAGCUUUAACGGAACUGUCUGGAAAAUGAAAUUGUGCAAUAAUUAUUAAUCUAGUGGAUUAUAUUUUCUUAUUUCAUCUCAUCUUUUGGCAAUUAGUGUAAUUAUCACUUGUGAUUGGUACUGGUUAAUGUUGAGUUUGAGCAUGACAUGGCGAUAUAACAGAACAUGGCCAAGUAGCAGCAACAAUAAAUGUUUUUAAAAUAUUAAACAAGCUAUAUUGUCAGUUGUGUACUCCAGAGGAAUGCGGACAGUAAAUUGAGAGAAAAAAACA